AGUGAAAACUUCCUUUGCCCUUAACUUGGCUUCAGCAGAGAUUUAUCGCUAUAUUAUUUGAACCUUGUGAAAUAGUUUAUGUGCUGCAAUUAAUGUUGCUGUUUCCAUAAUUAUCCAUAACACGAAUAUAUAAAAAAUAAUUAAUAUUUCUUUCACUAUAAGUUCAUAACCUGAAAUAUUUCUAGAAUUUGGUAUUACCUAGAAGGCCUGCAAAGGAUGAAAUUGAUAUUGAUAUUUAACAGGAACUUAAUAUGAUUGUGAUCCCAAGAAUAGCAAAUGUAACGCUGAAACGAUUUUCAUGUAAAUUAAAUAGGCCCAUGCAUGUUCGAUCUUGCCUUAGCGAUUGCAAGAAAGCAGCUAAACUUAUUGAUGGAAAGAAAAUUGCUCAGGAAAUUCGAACAGAAGUUAAAGCGCAAGUGGAGGAAUGGGUUAAGCAGGGCCAUCGCAAUCCAUGUCUAAUCGCUAUAUUAGUCGGAGAGGACCCAGCAAGUGAAAAAUAUGUAGCAAACAAAAUGAUAGCGGCAAAAGAAGUUGGAAUCAAUUCACAAACAAUACGGUUACCGAAUACUACAACCGAAUCAGAAGUCAUCGACAAAAUACAUAAACUCAACCAUGAUUCGUCUGUUGAUGGUAUUCUAGUGCAGUUGCCAGUACCCGCGCAUAUUUGUGAGCGAAAUGUAUGCAAUGCUGUUGAUCCUUUGAAAGAUGUUGAUGGAUUUCAUACAACAAAUAUUGGUAGAUUAACGCUGAAUACCGAUACGUUUGUUCCUGCGACUGCUUUGGCUGUUUAUGAACUAAUAAAACGGUAUAAAAUUGACACCUUUGGAAAAAAUGUGGUGGUCUGUGGUCGUUCUAAAAACGUAGGACUUCCAAUCGCCAUUCUUCUACAUUCCGAUGCUAAUAAUGAAUUACCCGGCUGCGAAGCUACGGUAACAAUAUGCCAUCGUCACACUCCACCUGAAGAACUAGCAUUUUUCGCCAAACGAGCCGAUAUUAUAAUAAGUGCUACAGGAGUAGUAAAUUUGAUUAAACCAGAAAUGGUUAAGCCUGGCGCAUGUAUUAUUGAUGUAGGAAUUACUAGAAUAACCACAGAGAACGGCAAAACGAAACUAGUUGGAGAUGUGGACUUUGAAGGUGUAAGUAAAAUAGCCGGGUAUAUAACUCCGGUACCCGGAGGAGUUGGACCAAUGACUGUGGCAAUGCUGAUGUUUAACACGUAUAAGGCAGCCAAGCAUACCAUCCACUCUAUAUGCAGUGAAUAACAGCAUUAUUUCAAUUUCACCUAUUUAUUUAUUGUACAACUUCAGUAUUAUAGUUGUAUGAAUAAAAUUGAACAAACAAUUUUAAAAA